AUGAGCAUCUUCAAUAUGAUCACCAGCUAUGCGGGUAGCCAACUUUUGCCCUUCUACAUCGCCAUAUUCGUCUUUACUUUAGUCCCAUGGGCAAUCCGCUUCUCUUGGCUAGAAUUGCGCAAGGGCUCAGUGGUGCCACUUGCGAACCCGCCCGACUCACUGUUCGGCACCGGUAAAACCAGGAGGAGUUUUGUCAAGCUUAGUAGAGAAAUUCUCGCUAAAGCGAGGAGCUUGUUCCCUAAUGAGCCAUUUCGCUUGAUUACGGACUGGGACUUUGCAGAUGAGAUUAGAAAUGAUCCGAGACUGAGCUUCUCCAAGGCGGCGAUGCAGGAUAAUCAUGCUGGAAUACCUGGCUUUGAGACUGUUGCCCUGGUGGGUCGUGAAGACCAACUUAUUCAGAAGGUGGCCCGAAAGCAGUUGACCAAGCAUCUUUACAUCAUCGCCCGCAUCUCGUCCAGAAUCUAUCUCGGCGACCAACUAUGCCGCAACGAAGCUUGGCUGAAGAUCACAAAGACAUACACCACCAACUUCUACACUGCAUCUACCAACCUCCGAAUGUUUCCUCGAUCGAUCCGUCCUCUCGCCCACUGGUUCCUCCCCGAAUGCAGAAAGCUUCGACAGGAGCGCAAGGAUGCAAUCGGUAUUAUUACGCCACUGAUUGAGCGCCGCCGUGAGCUUCGAAGAGCUGCGAUCGCAGCUGGUCAGCCUCUGCCUGUGUUCCACGACGCUAUUGACUGGUCGGAACAGGAGGCAGAAGCUGCAGGCACAGGGGCCUCGUUUGACCCCGUGAUCUUCCAGCUUACGCUCUCUCUUCUGGCAAUUCAUACGACGUAUGAUCUCCUCCAGCAAACGAUGAUUGACCUUGGUCGCCACCCAGAGUAUAUCGAGCCUCUUAGACAGGAAGUUGUUCAACUUCUUCGUGAAGAAGGUUGGAAGAAAACAACGCUUUUCAAGAUGAAGCUCCUUGACAGUGCUAUCAAAGAGUCUCAGCGAAUGAAGCCUGGAAGCAUAGUUACCAUGCGUCGCUACGUAACCGAAGACAUCACCCUCUCUAGCGGCCUGACCCUCAAAAAAGGGACCCGCCUCAACGUUGACAACAGACGCCUCGACGAUCCCAAAAUCUACGAUAACCCCGAGGUUUACAAUCCUUAUCGCUUCUACGACAUGCGCUCCGAAGCCGGGAAAGACCAUGGGGCACAGCUAGUAUCAACUGGCUCAAACCAUAUGGGCUUCGGCCACGGUCAGCACUCAUGCCCAGGGCGUUUCUUCGCUGCGAAUGAGAUCAAAGUAGCGCUAUGCCACAUCUUGGUCAAGUAUGAUUGGAAGCUGUGCCCUGACACGGAGACCAAGCCUGAUACCAGGGGCAUGAUUGCCAAGUCCAGCCCUGUCACGGACAUCUUGAUCAAGCGUCGGGAGUCAGUUGAGUUGGAUUUGGAAGCAAUUUGA